AGUAUUAAACAGCAUUCUCGAUCUAACACCUUCAAUAAAACAACGAUGGACAGUAGUACACUUGCCGAACAGGAUAAUUUUGGCGAAGUAAGGUCUGUUAGCUCGUUGAAAUCUAAGUUUGAAAAGAUGAAUCAACAAAAUCCUCAAACUUCAGGAUUAGCUAAUAGAUUUAAUGUGAAUGAGGAUAAUAAGCGACAUUCCCGUAAUAUAUCACUUCCUAAUACGGUGACCGUGAAUCAGCAACCUAAACGACAACUUCAAAAAGAGCCGACUACUGCGUUAUCAUCAAGAGAAUCUUCCGCAUGUAGUACUGAUGUAGAGUCAGAUGAUCCAUUGAACAAAGAUAGGUUUAAGCAAUCAUUCAUACCACCAUCAUCUGCAAAGUCCGUUCCUUCGUUUUCAAAAUCAACAAGAUCUUCAAAUUUUUUAAUCGAUGAUGAUGAUGACCCAUUUGAUGACUCACAAGAAAUCAAUCCUUUUGCAGAUGAUAAUGA